GACACCCUGGGGUCCCUGCUCUCUGGGCCUACCCUCCCGGGAUUCUCAGGGGCGGGCCAACUGGCGCCCUCCCGCCUCCCCUCCUGGACCCUCCUCUCUCCCCGCUUCUGAGAAGGACAACCCCCAUUGUUCAGAUAUUACCAAAAUGCACGCCAAACCAUACUACUUCAACUAAGACAAGAGUGUGAGGCUUGGGACCCUGAAGUAACUUAGACACAGUCUCUGCCUAUGGGUAAUGCGCUAACGAACGAGGAGGAGGAGGCAGAUAAGUUCCCAAAGAACAGAAGUAACACAGGACCGAAUGAAGUUAAGUACCAGUGGAGGGAAAAAGAAUUGAGAAUGAGGAGGAAGGGUUAGUUCUGACCCUAGAAGUGAAGGUCAGGAUAACAUGUUUUAGGAUAUCGAAGAGCCUCUAGGCCUGUGCUGUCCAAUAGGGUAGUCACCGGUCACGUGUGGCUAUUAAAAUUAGUUAAAAUUAAAUAAGAUUAAAAAUUCAGAUCCUCAUUUGUACUGGCUACAUUGCAUGUCCUCAGUAGGCACAUGUGGUUAGUAGUGGUGACUGUAUUGGGCAGCCCAGAUAUAGAGCAUUAACACCAUCACAGAAAGUUCUGUUGGACGGCACUGCUCUAGACCAGUGAUUCUCAGACUGGGGUGAUUUUUGGCUACCAGGGGAUGUUUGUUAAUAUCUGGAGACAUUUUUGGUUGUCACAUCUGGGGACCUCUAGUGGAUAAGAGACAAAGGAUGCUGUUAAAUAUCUUACACUGCACAGGACAACCCCCAGCCCCACUCUAUAAACAAAGAAUCGUGUAGCUCAGAAUAUUCGUAGUUGGGAAGCCCUGCUCAAGGCUUUAAGCUUCUCUAGAAUAGGCACUAAGCAUUAUUCAAGGUAUCUCCAGCACCUAGAAGAGAGCCUGGAUCAUAGCAGAUGCUUAAUAUUUGUUAAAUAAACAAAUUAAGGUGUCUGCUUUUCUAUGCUUCAACUUGGAUCUCCCCCCUCCCCCCCGCACAAGAACUAUGCUCUAGAGCUCUGGGUUCAUUAUUUCUUGCCUGUAGCCUGAUCGAUCUCAGCUAUGUGGUUGAGAUGAUUGUGGACAUCCAAAGGAUCUCUGGGUAAUUGAAGUAGUUCCUUGGGCUUUUUCAAGGAUUCCUUUUGGUUCAAAGGAAAACAUAAAGGAUUUGACCAAUUCAGGAAGAUGAUAAAAGUUGAGGAAUCUGCCAUGGAGAGAGCCAAGGCCAAUGCCUCCCUGUGGGAGGCCAGGCUGGAAGUCACAGAACUCUCUAGGAUUGAGUAUCGUGAUACUUCCCAGAGACUGGCAAAAUGUAAUGAAGAAUUAAAGAAACAGCAGUAUAGAAUGGAGAAAGACACAAUGUCUGUAUUGAACUACCUGAAGAAACAGGAUCAGGAGAAAGAUAAUCUGAUUGAAAAACUGAAACAGCAAUUGAAUGAAACUAAGGAAAAAGCCCAAGAAGAGAAGGAAAAAUUGGAACAAAAAUAUACUGUACAAAUAAGUGAGCUGGAGGGACAGUUCCAUCAAAAAGCCAGAGAAAUUGGCAUGAUUCAGACAGAGCUCAAAACAAUAAAACAAUUCCAGAAGAGAAAAAUCCAAGUAGAGAAAGAAUUAGAUGAUCUGAAGGAGGACUUAAGGAACACAGAGCAGAAACAUCAGGAGACUCUUAGGAGACUGGAAGGCAGGUUUUUGGAAGAAAAGCACCGACUAGAAAAAGAGGCUGAGAAGAAGAUAAUAAUGCUGGCAGACAGAGCCCACCAUGAAGCUGUUGUGCAAUUGAACAAUGCUGGAAGAGCUGUUUUUAAAGAGAAUGUUUAUCUCCAGAAAGCUCUCGCAUACCACCUGAAGGAAGCUGAUGCUCUACAAAAAAACUCUCAGAAGUUGCAAGAGACUCAGACUUUCCUUUUACAGCAGAAGGAGAUCAAUGAUCUGUUGGUUAAGGAAAAGAUAAUGCAGCUUACCCAGCAGAGAUUACAAAUCCAAACUCUUCAGAAGAAGGUAGUAAGCUUGGAGACUGCCCUGAGUUGUAUGACCAAAGAGUUUGACACUGAAGUUUUAAAACUGCAGCAGCAGGCAAUGGUAGAGAACCAAGCGGGUCAGAUUGAAAAUUUCAAGCUGCAGCAUCUUCUUCAGAUGAAAGACAAGGAAAUGAAUCGAGUAAAGAAGCUGGCCAAGAACAUACUAGAUGAAAGAACAGAAGUGGAAAGAUUCUUUUUAGAUGCUCUACACCAAGUAAAGCAACAGAUCCUAUUUAGCAGAAAGCAUUAUAAACAGGUAGCACAAGCUGCUUUCAAUUUUAAAAUGAGACAGGCAUGUGCAGGAAGAACAGAAUAUCCCAAAAUCCGAACAUUUGAUGGCAGAGAGCACAGCACCAAUAGUGUGAAUCAGGAUCUUAUGGAGGCCGAUAAAUGGACAGAUAUUCAAGGAAAUAUGGACAUUGGAGAUUUGACCUGGGAGCAGAAAGAGAAAGUCUUGAGGUUGCUCUUUGCAAAAAUGAAUGGCUUUGUUCCUAGGAAAUACAGCCAGAGUUCUAGACCUCCAGUUCCAGACUAUAUUGGUCCUGAUGAUGAAACAACAAAGGAGUUUGGGAAUGAAAGUAAGCUUCAAGAUCAAACCUUCAUCACCCAGCAAGUGCCAAUCUUAGACUCUACUGGUGAACUGGUGAUACCCAAUAUUCAGAAAGGAUCACAAGAGUCUGACAUAAAUGCAAAAUAGCAAUUUAAGUACCUAAGGAUUUAAGACUUCAAACUGUAUAUAAGGGAACCUACUGACAAGCACUGCUGAACAACAUAUACCCUCACAGAAGCUGCUGGCAGGCCCUUCCUUGCAGAAUCCUUGUUCCUGAAUAUGUUCAAGAAAGUUUCUUAGAGGAAAAAUAUUUUUUUUAAACUUAA